UGCAGCACGAGUCACGCGUUGUUUCCUGUCAGAAAAUCCAAAUAUGGCGGAUGAUGGGGAGUCAUUGGAGUCUUGGCUCAACAAAGCCACCAACCCUUCCAACAGACAGGAAGACUGGGAAUAUAUAUUGGGAUUCUGUGACCAAAUCAAUAAAGAGCUAGAAGGUCCCCAAAUAUCUGUAAGAUUAUUGGCACACAAGAUCCAGUCCCCUCAGGAAUGGGAGGCGAUGCAAGCAUUAACGGUUCUCGAGGCUUGUAUGAAAAACUGUGGGCGAAGGUUUCACAAUGAAGUUGGAAAGUUCAAGUUUUUAAAUGAGUUAAUAAAGGUGGUUUCACCUAAAUACCUUGGAGACAGAGUAUCAGAGAAAGUGAAGAGUAAGGUGAUAGAGAUGUUGUAUACUUGGACAGUAUCUCUACCAGAAGAAGCAAAGAUUUGUGAAGCGUAUCAGAUGCUGAAGUCACAAGGCAUCGUUGUUGUAGACCCAGAUGUCUCUCUUGAUGCYACAUUAAUACCCUCACCUUCUCCGCGACCCAAGAAUCCUGUUUUUGAUGAUGAAACAAAGAGCAAAAGAUUAGCAGAACUUCUGAAAAGCAAAAAGCCUGAAGAUCUUCAAGAGGCGAAUCGCCUCAUUAAGAACAUGGUGAAGGAGGAUGAGGUGAGAUCACAAAGAGCAGCAAAACAGAAAAGCACUCUGGAGGCAGUCAACAACAGCGUGAAACUCCUUAAUGAGAUGCUUAUUCACUUCAGCCCAGAGAGCUCCUCUGAAGGAGAUAAGGAGCUUAUUCAGGAGUUGUGCAGCGACUGUGACAAGCUAAGGCAAACAGUAUUUAAGCUGGCUACAGAGACUGAGGAUGAUGACAGCAGCUUGGGAGAGAUCUUGCAGGCCAAUGACGACCUGUCUCACGUCAUUAAUUCCUAUAAGACAAUUGUAGAAGGACGCGGCAUCAGRGGAGACACUGAAGCAGCACAAGGAAUCCAAACAUCAGUCAGACAAGGCACUGAAAGCAGGAACCAGUCUGAGAUUCUUAUUGACCUGGUGGGCCUUGAUAGUCCUUCUCCACCUGAGCACAAACCUCUGGCGUCUUCUCUACCUUUUCCGGGUGACCUACUUUCUGGAUCAACGGCCACCGAGUCUCCGUCUAAGAGUGUCGGAGCGCCGUCUGCAGCACUUUCACUGCUGGAUGAGGAGCUGCUGUGUUUAGGUCUUAAUGAGCCUGGCGCUGCAGCUAGUGAAUCAACACAAGGAAAUCAGAGCAAUCACUUGCCAUCUUCACAGGAUUCCAGUCAAGAUUUGGAUCUUUUUGASACCAGUUUGUCUACGCUUCAAGCACUUUCGACACCGUCACUUUUUCAAGAUGUCCGCUCUACAACAGUAGCCUCAGUUAGUCCCAACAAAACCACUACAGCUGCCUCGGCCUCGAGCUUCCCCGGGCUGGUGUUUUCCUCACCGCUCAGUUCGGCGCUGAACACCACGGCCUCGGCUGCUGCUCCUCAGUCACUCGGCUCUUCACCUGCUCUGUCAGCUGCCCGCCAACACGUCCCCUUUCCCGGAGUCCUCCAGUCUGCAUCGUCCUCUCUCAGUCACAACUUCCAGGACCUCGCCAUGCUGGAUCUGGGCAGUAAUGAUAUUCUUGGCGGGACCCCCAUCAGCUCUGCCUCAAUUUUGACAGCAGGAGUCCAAGGAUGGUCCCCCCCUCCAGCUGUCAAGAGUCAGGCAGAUGACAGUCCUCUGUUACGCUCGCUGUCCCCGAUUCUUCCCAUGAGCCAAGCAAGUCCAAGCAGAGGAGACGAGGCGUCUCUGGCUGGUCUCUUUGUCCCUUUGGAAGCAAUCAAACCAAGUAAAGUCUUACCUGUGACCYCUUAUGACAAGAAUGGUGUUCGUGUUCUGCUCACCUUCGCCACGGACUGUCCACCAGGCAGGCCUGAUGUUCUAGUGAUGGUGGCGUCGAUGCUCAACACGGCCCCUCAGCCUGUGAGGAACAUAGUCCUGCAGGCGGCUGUGCCCCGGACAAUGAAGGUGAAGCUGCAGCCGCCCUCAGGAACAGAGCUGGCUCCUUUUAAUCCACUUCUUCCCCCUCCUUCCGUCACUCAGAUCAUGCUGCUCGCCAAUCCUCUCAAGGAAAAGGUUCGGAUGAGAUACAAACUGAUGUUCACUCUGGGAGAGCAGCUGUUCACGGAGGUGGGGGAGGUGAACGAAUUCCCCCCUGCUGAUCAGUGGGGGGCUCUUUAAUUCUGUUUACAGCUUCCUUAGAGCUUCUUUUUUAAUUCAGUGUGUCGCUGCUCUGCAAACAUUAAAGUUUGAAUAUUUAAAACUUAGGAAUCUUGAAUUUAUGGACCAAUGAAGGAGACAUGAAACUUUUACCAGAGGAACACAAAUCAUGUGAGCUGGUUUUGUGUGGAGGAGGGUUUGUUGCUUUCAUUUUAUUAUUUAUCUACUUCUGAACAAAGUGAAGUGGGCGACCUACAGUCUGAGCAAAUCAAAAUGGCAAAUUUAGGGAGACUGAGCCCAUACUAAAGGAGGUCAAUUAUCCAUCGCUAAUGAAAGACACUCAUGUAUUAGUUUUUGAGGAGUCAGUUUACUUCUUCCAUGUUUGCUUAGGUUUUUUAAAAAUAAACUCAUACAGCUUCUCCAUAGUUGUUUUAGAGUUUCAGGUAUUAUCAUGGAUGUAAUAUUUAUUUUGGUUUGUGAAAGAAAGUGUUGGAACUGUUAACUUACUGUUAUUGCAACUGUGUUCUUUCUUCUUCUGUUUAAUUUUAGCACUCAUGUUUACCAUUCCUAAAGGAAUAGUUUGGCUGUUUUUUUGAAGUGGUUUUCUGUUUAAAAAGUUAUAAAUAAUAAUAUGUUUACAUGUUGUAGUUGGCUUCUUGAGCAACCUCAGUUUGAAGAAACAGAGUUGACAGAUCUGAUGAGCUAACGGCUAGUCUGAAUGCAGCCAUGACCAGGGCGGGCUGCMGUUUAAAACGAUUCAUUCACAGCUCUGUUUUGGAUUGUAUUGACAAGCUUAAAACGUUUUGUUCAAAAGGACCUAUUUCCAAAGUGGAUUGCUGAAAUAAUUUUUGCAACACAUGCAAAUGCUCUUAUUUAAACCUUUUUACUCCAGCAGACUCUUUGUCCAAAGUGAGAUUGUGUAAAGAGCUAUCUACAUUAAAAUAUGAAAACGUACACAGAAAACUGUCUUCAGAAGGCCCAAACUCAUCACCAGAUAUUCAGAUAUGUACAAAAAAGACACAUUAUUGUGGAACCCAGAAGAUCGGUGUUUAUGGACAGCAUUUAUAAUAAAGACACAACUUUGUCCCAGAGACAAUGGUCCUGUCAGAGGAUGAGGUUCAAACGGUUACAAACUGAAUAACGGUAUUUAUUUAAAUAUAUAUUGUACAUUUGUUCUGCUCCUGGUGUUAGAUGUGGAAAAUGAACUGAAGUAGAUUUCUUUAAGCCAAGUGUAAAUGUUUUACUACUGUGGGAGUUUGUUUUAACCUUAACAUCUUUCCUUUUUUUUUUUUUUUACUUUUAGGAAAAUAAAGUUCUUAAGUGGUAAAACAAAUUAUUACAUUAAGUUUGUCUUUCUGAGGGUGUUAGCAUUACAUGAAAGGUUCUCUACAGGAUUCUUACAAAAGUA